AUGUUGGAUACCGUGCGGGACGGCGACGACAUUCACCACAGCCCCACCCGUGUGGUGUCUGUCACUCCCACUCUCCCGACCACUACCACCACUAUUACGGCCGUACUUACACCCGAGCCAACCGACAACACCGAUAAGGCGGCGCCGGCUGUGGCCGAAGCGGCCGACACUCACCUGACUUUUCCCUAUUCGCCGGUUUCGUCGGUCAGUUUGGACGACAUCGAGAUGGAGCCGCCGAUGAGCGGCGCGCCGGACAUGCAAUCGCCGCCCAGACAUCACUAUAAGUCGCGCUCAUUGAACGCGUUGUUCAACAAAGAGCACAACGACUCGCCGACGAGACCAAUGAUAGAGAAGUUGGCGCUCAGAAGCGAUCCAGCGGUCGAGACACGUGCGGAGACGUCGCCAAUGACCGCCACCGCCGGUGAGAGACCACCGGUCGCUACCGAUGUGGCAGCAAACGGGUCGCCCUCCGGAGGUAAACCUAUUGAUUACAGUUUGGGUAAUGAUAUUAGCAAUAAGAUGAGCGCCGCGGCGGCCGAUAUGUCGCUACUGUCGUCCCGCUAUAAUCCGGCCAUUGAUUAUCAGGCAAUCGGCGAUAAAUCGCAUGAGUUAUUAGAUUACAAUUCAAUAGUCAUUGGGGCGCUGUUUGGCGACACAACGACACCAGACUAUCAGCAAACGCCAGACAAUCAUCGCUCACUACCAAUGCCUACACCAGCGCCCGGAGCAGCCAAUUGGUUGUCCACAUCGACCCCAUUCAACGCUCAGCAGCCGUUAAGUUAUCCAUCGGGUCCGCCACCGGCCCCGCGACCGCCUUCGUUGCCGCUCUCAUCGGCGACACACUUAACCGGCGCUCAAUUACCGCAUCAAAUGCCGCCCAUAUCUCAGUCCCAUAUGAUGUCCACAACACACCCGUCGCUAUCAUCGCAUCUGCCGUUUAGUCAAUCCAUGCCUCACGUGAUGAACCGGUCGGCAAACGGCGGCGAACUUCAGACCACAUCCAACAUCAUAUGCGAUGUGAUGUUGAGUCCGUCGCAAGACUCGAGUCUCUCUAAUAUGGCCGCAAAUAAUCAUCAAAAUCACAGAAAUAUGGACAAAAUGCCUGCAAUGCCGGCCAACACACAGUCCUACCACACAAUGUCCGCCACGUCUGUGAUAACGAUGAACUCAAACAUGCAGUCAAUGGGACCGCAACGGCCAUCGAUGCCGCCCAAUGAUCAGUCAGUGGCCGACGCGUCCAAUUGGCCACUGCUAUCGCAGACCAAUAAUCAGCAACAAUACCAACUGCAACACAGACCCCCUCCGCCGGGGCCGCCAUCGGUGGCCAACAGCCGUAUGUCGGCGCCAGUCAUGCCGUACGGCAACGCUCAACAGUACAACCGGUUCGGACCGAUGCCGCGGUCGCCGGUGACGUCUACUACGACCAGACCGACAAUGCAUACGCUUAUGCCGAGCCCAAUGAGACCGACAAUGUCUCAAAUGACCAGCCGUUCGUCGACUAUGCCGUCGAUGAUGUCCGGCUCUCACAUGUCAUUAUCGCAGAGUCAAAGCCAUCCCUAUAGACCAAUGGUCCCAAUGGUCUCAUAUCAGCCACCAGUCGAUACGAUGCGCCGAUCGUCUCAAAUGAUGCCAAACGCCAGUCACAGCGGACUUAUGCCGCAGUCCACCCUCUCUUCAGCGUCGGCGCCGCGUUUCCCCGCACAGGGAAUCCGGACAAACAUGUCGGACAUACGGCACAUGCAGUACAACAGUAGACCCGAUGCCAGUAUAAUACAACACACGCAUACCUCACGACCGCCGCCACCACAGGUGCCCGAUAUGAGACAACAACGGAGCGGACAUCCGACCACUAUGUCGCCGAUGGGCGCCAACAUGUCGUCGCAUUCAUCGCAGUUACGAUACCAUCACAUGUCUGGACACUCGACAUCACAGCACCGGCGGCUAAUUGAUUCACCGACGACUCUACAGCAGCAGUCCAUGUCUCAGCCUUCGCUGCCACCGAUGUCUACAAUGUCUGGUCAUUCGCAGCACAAGUCGUCCCCCCUUUACGAGAGACCACGCAUUCCGUACGGA